AUGGAUCGAGCCAUGGCUAUAUGGUUAUGCACAUUCUUCGUGCUAGUGGCUACGAUCAAUGGUGCUGCUAACAAUCUAGGUGUAAACUGGGGUAACAUUGCGUCUAAUCCAUUACCACCAGGAAAAGUUGUUGAAAUGUUGAAAGACAAUGGCAUAAAGAAGGUGAAGCUUUUCGAUGCCGAUAGCUAUACUUUAAAACACUUAGCUGGGACUGGGAUUGAAGUUAUGGUUGCCAUCCCUAAUGACAUGCUUGAACGGAUGAACGACUAUGAUAAUGCAGAAGAUUGGGUCAAGAAGAACGUUUCCAAGCAUCUUCGUGAUGGAGGAGUUGAUAUAAGGUAUGUGGCGGUAGGGAAUGAGCCAUUCUUAGAGAGUUACAACAAUAGUUUCAUGGAAACAACAUUCCCAGCCUUAAAGAACAUAGUGAAGGCUCUUGAAGCUGCUGGUCAUGGAGAUAUCAAAACCUCGAUUCCCCUCAAUGCAGACGUGUACGAGUCAUCCUCAACCUCGCCCUCGAAUGGAGAUUUUCGAGGUGAUGUCAAGGAUCUCAUGCUAGACAUCGUAGGCUUUCUCAAAGAUAAGGGUGCACCAUUUAUCGUAAACAUCUAUCCUUUCCUUAGUCUCUACCAAAACGAGAAUUUCCCAGAAGAUUUCGCGUUCUUUGAUGGAGGUGGAAAAAGUAUAACCGACAACAGCAAAACUUAUAACAAUGUGUUUGAUGCUAACUUUGAUACUCUUGUUUGGGCCUUAAAGAAGAAUGGUUAUGGAGAUAUGAAAAUUAUAGUUGGUGAGAUUGGAUGGCCUACUGAUGGACAUAUCAAAGCUAAUCCUAAGAUUGCCAAAAAAUUCUAUGAUGGUUUGAUGAAAAAGUUGAGUUCUAACAAGGGCACCCCUAUGCGGCCCGGUGCAAUGGAGGUUUACCUCUUCGGCCUGCUUGACGAGAACAUGAAGAGCAUAGCCCCCGGAAACUUCGAGAGACAUUGGGGGAUCUUUCGCUAUGAUGGACAACCCAAGUUUGCGAUCGACUUUACGGGCAAAACCACCGACAAGAUGCCAAUAGGGGCUCAAGGGGUCAAGUACUUAGAACAAAAAUGGUGCAUCUUCAACCCGAAUGCAAAUAACCAGGAUAAGAUAGCAAGCUCCCUAGACUACGCGUGCUCAAGGUCAGAUUGCACGCCGCUAGGCUAUGGCUCCUCGUGCAAUGACCUUGAUCUUAAUGGUAACAUCUCAUACGCGUUCAACAUAUUCUAUCAGAUGAAUUAUCAGAGUGUCGAAGCUUGCCAGUUCGAUGGGCUUGGUAUAAUCACCUCCAGCAAUGCUUCCAAAAACGACUGUCUAUUCCCGAUAGAGGUUGACAGUGCAGCAAUUAGGGUUCGCAUGGCUCCAACAGGAACUAUUCUUUUCGGAAUUAUACUUUUGUUGUUUGUAUUAUUGUAA